CUUUGUGCGUCUCGCGCCGCCCGCCCGCCGUCGUCGCCGCCGCGCCCGCCGCGUGAGAGGAAGGAGCUCGCGCUCGCUCCGCGGUGCGCUGCGGUCCGCUCCGCUCGGAGGAGGCUCGCCGCCCGCGCCGCGGCCCCGCGAAGGUUCGCGAAGCUCAAGCCGAGUCCAAGUCGCCGCCCCGGAGCCGCCCCAGCCGCCGGCGCCGGUCCCCGGGGGCGCCAUGGCGACCGGAGCGAACGCCACGCCGCUGGGUAAGCUGCACCCGCCGGCCGCGGCCCCGCCCGGCCUCCCCCCGGGGCCCGGGCCCAAGCGGGCCUUCGAGCCGCCGCCGCCGCCGCCGCCGCCGGGGCCGGGGGGGGGCGGGGCGGGGCCGCCGCUGGGGCCUGUGGGCCCGGGGCUGAUGGCGGCGCCGCUGGCCGCGGCCUUCCCCUUCGCGGCGCUGCCGCCGCCUCCCCGCCGCCGCCGCCGUCCGCCGCCGCCCCCGGCCUGGCCUCCGCCCCCGCCACAGCCGCCCGCGCUGCCGGGCCCCUGCGUACCGCAGGCGCAGCCGCCCCUGCCGCCGCUCGCCUGCGCCGCGCCGCCGCUCUUCCAGCACGUGUCUCCGCCGCAGCCGCCGCCGCAGCCGCUCCAGGACCCGCAGCCGGGCCCGGCCGGCGGGGGAGGAGAUUUCCCCAAUAAGAAGCGGAAGAGGAGCCGCUGGAAUCAGGACACGAUGGAACAGAAGACCGUGAUCCCGGGCAUGCCCACCGUGAUCCCCCCGGGCCUGACGAGGGAGCAAGAAAGAGCUUACAUAGUGCAACUGCAGAUAGAAGACCUGACUCGCAAACUGCGCACAGGAGACCUGGGCAUCCCCCCUAACCCUGAGGACAGGUCCCCUUCCCCUGAGCCCAUUUACAAUAGCGAGGGGAAGCGCCUCAACACAAGGGAAUUUCGCACCCGGAAGAAGCUGGAGGAAGAAAGACACAACCUCAUCACCGAGAUGGUGGCGCUCAAUCCCGACUUCAAGCCUCCUGCAGAUUACAAACCUCCAGCGACCCGGGUAAGCGACAAGGUGAUGAUUCCGCAAGAUGAGUAUCCAGAAAUCAACUUUGUGGGACUUCUCAUUGGGCCCAGGGGCAACACGUUGAAGAAUAUUGAGAAGGAGUGCAACGCCAAGAUUAUGAUCCGGGGGAAAGGAUCUGUGAAAGAAGGCAAAGUCGGGCGCAAAGAUGGACAGAUGCUGCCCGGGGAGGAUGAGCCCCUCCAUGCCCUAGUUACUGCCAAUACCAUGGAGAAUGUCAAAAAGGCAGUGGAACAGAUCCGGAACAUUCUGAAACAAGGCAUUGAAACCCCAGAGGACCAGAAUGAUCUCCGGAAGAUGCAGCUUCGAGAGUUAGCCCGCCUUAACGGGACUCUACGGGAGGAUGACAACAGGAUCUUAAGACCAUGGCAGAGCUCAGAGACCCGAAGCAUCACCAAUACCACAGUCUGCACCAAGUGCGGAGGGGCUGGCCACAUUGCUUCAGAUUGCAAGUUCCAAAGGCCUGGUGACCCACAGUCGGCUCAGGACAAAGCCCGCAUGGACAAGGAAUACCUGUCUCUCAUGGCAGAGCUGGGCGAAGCUCCAGUUCCAGCUUCUGCGGGCUCAGCCUCUGGGCCCGCCGCCGCCCCGCUGGCCAGUGCGCCUCGGCCUGCCGCCCCUGCCAACAACCCGCCGCCGCCGUCUCUCAUGUCCACCACUCAGAGCCGCCCACCAUGGAUGAACUCGGGGCCCUCGGAGAAUCGCCCGUACCACGGGAUGCACGGCGGAGGGCCCGGUGGCCCCGGCGGCGGGCCUCACAACUUCCCACACCCGCUGCCCAGUCUGACGGGGGGACACGGUGGUCACCCCAUGCAGCACAACCCCAAUGGGCCCCCGCCCCCCUGGAUGCAGCCGCCACCACCGCCGAUGAACCAGGGGCCCCACCCACCUGGGCACCAUGGCCCUCCUCCAAUGGAUCAGUACCUGGGAAGUACGCCUGUGGGCUCUGGGGUCUAUCGCCUACAUCAAGGAAAAGGUAUGAUGCCGCCGCCGCCUAUGGGCAUGAUGCCGCCGCCGCCGCCUCCCAGUGGGCAGCCCCCACCCCCUCCCUCUGGCCCUCUUCCCCCAUGGCAGCAGCAGCAGCAGCAGCCUCCGCCUCCCCCGCCGCCCAGCAGCAGUAUGGCUUCCAGUACCCCCUUGCCAUGGCAGCAAAGACCCGUCCCCGCGGCGGUGGCCCGCGCCAUGCGACUGAGGACUUUCCGCGCCCAUUGGUGACCCUUCCGGGGAGACAGCCUCAGCAGCGCCCCUGGUGGACGGGAUGGUUCGGCAAAGCGGCCUGACUUAUUUUUGUGGACGGAAUCGGAACGCGCUGGCUCCAUAUCGUGAAUUUUUUAUUAUUUUUUUUUCUUCCUCUUCCUUUGUAUUUCCUUCUCUCUUCUUCCCUCAGACUCCGUCCAAGGAGAUGCUGUCCCCCGUCUUCUGCUGCAAUUAGUCCCUUUUCCUCCUCCCCAGGCCUAGAUUGUUAGCUUUCUGUAGCGGAGGGAGCAAAUGGAGAUUGCCCUUACGGUGGGCCGGGCGGAAAGGGCGUCGGGGGGCCCAGGGCCAGGCUCCUCACUUCUCGGCCAGGGGGGGCUUUAGAGCCCAGCCCCUCACGGCCCCCCCCCUUGUCGGGGCCCUGGCAAGGGCGGCGGCGGCGCGGCGGCCCCCUGCCCGGUCUUCGAUCCCGUUUGCUCCUCCUGCUGACAGAACGUCUUCAUUUUAUUUUAGUCCCAGAUGUCUGAAUGUUUUGUGGUGGGGGGGGAGAAGGUCCCCCCUCUGCUCCCUCCCUCCCCCCUUCCCUCUCCAUGGAGUGAUUAUGUGGACAAUGAUGUGUAAAGCGCUCUCUCCUCCUCACCGCUUUCUCUGCAGAAAUUUCUUUUGGCCUUUUAUUUGGUGUACAAUAAAACACUGCAUUAAAAGGGGGAUGUUCCAUUGAGUAAAACAGCA